GUGUUAGGGAAUUGUUUUGAUGGUGGACGUCAGAUUUCAUGGGAAAAACGUUGUUUAUUUUCGAAGCUUUCUCGGUCAUUUAUCUGAAGGCAACGUCAACAAUAUAUGUAAUUUGUCAGUAGAGUUAUAGCCAGCUAACUCUAGGUAAUGCAUCUCACGGCAGGUAACCUUAGCUAGCUAAUGUUAACUGUCAGUCUAGCUAGCUGGGUGAGUAGUUAGCCUAGCAUCGUUAGCUUGUUUCCAGCGACGCAGGCUAACAAAGCAGUCUUUAUCCAAAACGGCUAGCGAAUAUGUACGUUACUUUGUAGCUACCUACCUAGCACAGCUGUGGUCCUUCUCUACAGCGUAUAUAUAUACAUAUAACUAGCUAACGUUAGCUACCACGGUUUCUUGCCUAGCAUUGCUAGCUAGCCAGCAAAAUGGGUUAGGUUGUGGUGUUGACCAAACGAAGCUCUCAGUUAUUGAACGUGAUUUCUAAACUGCCAAUCAUAACCAGACACCCCAGUUGAACCAGAAGUCUCUAGCUACCAUAUGGUUUAUCGAGCUAACAUUAUCUAGUUAGCAUUGCUGUAAUCCAAUCAGGGAUCUCCCAAUAACGUCAUGCCAUGGUGCUAAGAAGGUUACUGAGAAAACGUUGGGUGCUAGGUGUGGUGUUUGGACUGUCUUUGAUCUACUUCCUAACCAGCACCUUGAAACAGGAGGAGAGAACCAUACGGGAUCGCAACCUGUUGGAGGCCAGGGACCCGGAUCACCGGAUCCCAUGGAAAGUCAGGUUCAACCUGGGCAACAGUAGCAGGCAGAUCACUCAGUGCCGGAACUCCAUUCAGGGCAAAACGCUGCUCACAGAUGAACUGGGUUAUGUCUGUGACAGAAACGAUCUGCUGGUGAAUGGUUGCUGUAAUGUCAAUGCCCCCAGCUCAAGACAGUACAUUUGUAAAAGCUGUCUGGCCAAUGGCUGCUGCAACAUCUACGAGCACUGUGUGUCCUGCUGCCUCCAGCCUGAUAAGCAACCUCUUCUAGAGAGUUUCCUGAACAGAGCUGCAGAUGGCUUCCAGAACCUAUUCACAGCCGUGGAGGACCACUUUGAGCUGUGUUUAGCCAAGUGUCGGACUUCAUCACAGAGUGUCCAACAUGAAAAUACCUACAGAAAUCCACAAGCAAAAUACUGUUAUGGAGAAAGUCCACCUGAACUCCUGCCUAUAUGAUUGUUUGGUACCUACGAGACUGUAUAGAAACUAAUAAAGGUCCUCUGGGACAUACGAGACUGUAUAGAAACUAAUAAAGGUCCUCUGGGACCUAUGAGACUGUAUAGAAACUAAUAAAGGUCCUCUGGGACCUAUGAGACUGUAUAGAAACUAAUAAUGGUUGUCUGGGACUUACGAGAAUGUAAAGAAAUGGUCCAACUAUGAGCCAAGAGACACACCUUGAUGCUCCGUGGGAAGACGGGAUUCCCCUUCAUCUUGUGUCGACAUAAUGGCCUUGAAACGUCUGACACCAUACGGUGCUUAACGGGAGCCACCAAAAACACCAAACCCUGUAUAGAGGGGAUUUGACUGACAAUAACGGACGCCAUGUUGAACCUUUUGAUAAAGUAAUGUGAGUAACAGUCUCUACAUAUGGCUCCGAAGAACACUAUCGUAACCUCACAACAAUGGACAAAUACUGUAUGUGAUAUAGCUAUAUUAUUUACACUUCAUAAGUGCAUAGCUUCAUAACUUCAUCAGUGAUGAUCAUCAGGUCUCAUUCGCUCAUUAGACCAGUUAGGAUUCACCUCAUGCUGCCAUUGUUCCACAUUAUGGUCAUGUUCAUUAGGGCAUGCAACAGAAAAUGUUUAAAAGUGUUUGAGUCUCACAUGUUUUAGUCUGUUUUCUUUUGUUUGGUGCAAAAUGAACACGACCCAUGUUAUAAAGGUCUGUAUUUAAAGCCUGACGAUAUACUGAAGGUUGAUAUCGGUUGUUUAGUCCUUAUUGUUGAAUAUCAAAACAAACUAUAAAGAAUGUGUCUUUACUUUUGUGUGUAGUCGUGUAUGGAUAUUGACUGACUGGUUAUUUAAUAAAGUGACUGAAAGUAA